ACCCUUGUAUCAUUAAACCCUAACUCCGCCCUUCCUGCUUCCGUAGGGAAUCCAGUAUCGGGCCUCUGUCUUCUCUCGUCGUCAACCAUCCGGCUGGCCAUGGCGGCCAUGACGACUGCUUGGGUCCUCCGCCGCUCCCUCUUCCGGCCUCUCCUCGCUCAGCCGCUCUUCCGCUCCCACAAGACCUCCGCGUCCUCGCCGUCGCCGCACCGGCGGUACCCGCCCCCUCCCCCGCACGAGUUCUCGAAGCCGUGUGAGUUCCUGGGUAGCUGGACGCCGGCAGGCGACCCCAGGGAGGCGGAGGCGAGGCUGCACCGGCUGCGGAGGGACUACGCGAGGCAGGUGAAGCAGCUGCGGCUGGGGUACGCCUACGAAAUGGAGAUCCAGCGGCAGGGGCAGCAGCGCAAAGCCGACGCUCGCCGCGAGGCCGCCCGCCUCGCCAACGAGGAGAGGAAGGCCGCCAAGGCCGCCGCCGCCCAGACCCGUGCUGCCGAGCGUGAGGCCUUCCAGGAGGAGUUCCGCCAGACUCUAUUGAAAGAAAGAGCUAAGAAAUUGCAAAGUUGGAGAGCGAAAGAGAAAAUGAGGGAGCAAAAGAAGAACAAAGAGAAAGAGCUUUUGCAUCAGCAGAGUUCAGUGUGGAUUUCAGAGGAAAACUUGGAAAAGAGAAUAUUAGAGGCAAUAGUCGAUACAACACCACUCUAGUCCAAUUUGAGACUUGCCAAGCUGUUGCCAGGUGGAUUUGCCUUGCUCCUGCCAAACGGGUAUGAUGGCUUCAGCGGAACUCCAUAGGGUUAGCCAUGCUGGAGCGCUUCCAGGUCCAUAAGAAUCAUUUUGUUUUCCUGUUACAGGAUUUAUUGGACAACUGAUUUGCAGAUGGGUGGGAAUUACAAGGUUGAUAAUAUCCUGGUCAUAAUGAAGUUUUUGAUGUCUGUAAUAAAUCAUUUUAAUGCACUGCACCGUCUUUGAAAUGAUUAUUGACCAUCAACAAA